AUGUAUCGAUUGAUCUAUAGUGAACUGUCAAAUGUUAUUGGCCAACAAUUAGCACUAAAAAUUGAACUACUUGCAUAUUGUUUAUGCAAAGUAUCAUCUAGUAGUCUUCAAUAUCUUAGUAUGGCUGAUAUUAGAGAUAUUUUAUGUUCAAGUAGUAAUACAGCGAUACAUGAAAAUUUUCAAGAUAAUGCUAUUAGAUAUUUAUCGACGGAGUGCCCAAUAUGUGCUGAGUCUUUUCCACGUAGUCGAAUGGAGACAAUGUACUUAUGUAGUCAUAUGUGUUGUUUAAGCUGUGCCAAAGACUAUUAUCGAAUGACUGUUCAAGAGAUUAGAGAUUCUCAUGCAUUAAAAAAAUUAGCUUGUUUUCAAGAGGAACUUGAAAUUUCAGAUGAUGUAAAAUUGAAUUUUUUUCAAUAUUUAGGAUCGAAAUUGAACCAAUGGUUUACUGAUGAAAGACUUGUUCUUGAUAAAUAUCAAGAAAAUUUAUUUAUAGCAACACGAGAUUCACAAGUAAAAAAAUGUGGUAAUCCACGAUGUCCUAGCUUUUUUAAUCUCACUAAUAAUAAUGAUCGAAUUGCUCGUGCUCAAUGUCCACAUUGUCGGUUUGAGCAAUGCCAACAAUGUUGUCGAAAAUGGUUUAAUGAACAUAAUGGAAUAACAUGCGAAGCUUAUGCUGAGUGGUUAACAGAGAAUGAUCCCGAUGAUCCUGAAGUACAACUUACAAAGUAUUUAAAUACAGCCGGUAUGAUUUGUCCUAAUGAUAAAUGUCAAGCUAUUUUUGAAUAGUAAGUUAUAUUGAAGUUAACUUUGCAAAUGUUAUUCUAAAGAGUAGAUUUUAGAACAUCUGUUGAUAUAAAAUCAUAUGAAACACUUAAAAUAUGAAAUGAGAAAAACUCUCUGUUAGGCCAGUAUUCAAUCUUGAGCUGAAGCUCGAUAACCACUAAGAUGAUGAAUAGUUCCUUCGGAAAAUAUUGGAUCCAUCUAUCAUCUUAUUUUUCCUUUAGGUAUAAACAGAAGUAACUAUUUUAGUUUUCUUUCGAUCUAUAGUAGCAGUUUUGUUCGACAAAAACAGCAAGAACUAAGGGCGGAGGAGCCAUUGAGCCUCACCCAAUUUUGAACUUGACAUUACACGACAAUACAUAAUAUUCAAGCCUCUUAUACACUUGUGAUCGCUACUGUCCUUGCAAAGACAGACAGAAAUGUUUCAUCAAUAUAAUCAACUCUUCCAUCUGUAACUACCCAGCCAGACAAACAUUUUGAAAAACGCGUUUAAACGCACAAUCGUGAACCGCGAUUGUAAGCCAUUAACGCUCAUUAAAAGAACGCACGAAAACGCGUUUGUUGGCGUUUUUUGUAACU